AUGGCCAAAUUAGUGACACGUCCACAACGUUUUACACCUGAAGAAUGGAAAUUAGCAUCGAAGGUUAAGCACAAGAACACAGAGCGAGAUCGAGCUGCUGCUGAACGACUCAUUCUCGAAUGUGAUCGAUUAGAUCAAGAAGGCCGUGGUACGGUGGAACGAACAUUAGCCGAUGUUAACAAGAAAUUAGACCAACGUUUGGACCAUGUUAAGAAUUGGAAGGGCGAACUUGAAGUAAAACGAGGCGAAUUGGAAAAAGAAAUCGAUGCAACCGAAACUUAUCUUGUACGAGUGGAAAAAUCUCUUCAAUCACUUCAAGAUAACUUACACCUCGCUCAAACAACUUUAGCCAAUCGAGAAAAACGUUAUGAUAUUGAUUUAGUUCAUGAUGAUGUUCAAAAGGAUUUAAUUAUGGAAAUCUCAGCUAUCCAAGGAGCCAUUGCUUUAUUAACACGUACAAUUGAACAAAUCAAAGAACAACUGAGGUAA